GAAAGUAAAUAUAUACUUUGUUAGAGAGAAAAAAUAUUUUCACGGAGUCAGCUUGUAUUGAUUUUCGUUUAAAACAGAUCAGUACAAUGAUAAACAUGUUUUGCUGUCUCAAAGGGUGUAUAAACGGCUUCACGUUGACCCCAAGUGUUCCAGUACGGAUAAAGGAGAAUCCAAUACAACUGGAUUCUUUACAUAUGGGCCAUGAAGUUGUUUUAGUGAAGAGUGGACAGCGAGCCUGUGGAUCAGGUUGCACUCUUGGAAAUGCACCACUAGUCCAAAAUAAAGCCUACUUUGAAGUAAAGCUGCAGCAAGGAGGAGUAUGGGCUGUGGGACUUGCUACUAGGGAUACAGAUCUGAAUAGAGUUCAUGGUGGUUUUGAUAAGGAGUCAUGGUGCUUGAACAGUGAUGGUACGGUGCGCCACGAUAAUAUUGAACUGUAUCACUUAAGACCUGCGUCUCGUGACUCACCUACUGAGCUAUUAGUGUCGACCGAGUCACCAAAUCAUGUUGAUGAUAAACCAGAGAGUGACAACCUUGAUAGUACAAUAUCGGUGAUGCCAGUUGAAGGUGAUGUGAUUGGUAUUGCAUAUGAUCAUGUUGAGAUGAACUUUUUCUUAAACGGAAAGAAUAUGGAGAUUCCAGUCAGGAAUAUUAAAGGAACUGUAUAUCCAGCUCUUUAUGUUGACGACGGUGCCAUCUUGGAUAUCAUUUUAGAUAACUUCCGGUAUCCUCCUCCAUCCGGUUAUGAGAAGAUAAUGGUUGAGCAGUCCCUUCUCUAAGUAAAUUAGAAGUUCUUGUUUCAUGAUUGGACCUCUUGUGUUACUAGUGACCUAUAUCAGGUGUCACAGGGUAUGAGACUGGAACAAUUGUGUGCUUAAUUGUGUUGAAAAUCUUCAUCUAGUUUUGUAUAUGUAACACAGUGUUUUGUGCUUCUGAAGAUUGAUAUGGAGAAGUUAUCUCUGUCUCACGCUUAUGUAUAUAGCCGUCACACUCUGUGCUUGUUUUGAAAAGAUUUUAAAUGAGUGUUUUAAAUGCGAUUCAGAUGCAAUGCAAUUUUCUUAGUAGUUUAUUGGUUCAUAUCAAUUACCAGUUGUAACUAACAGAUAUAUGUCAAGUUUGAUAAAUUUUGUUACAUUCAUAGAAAUAUAGGUUAAUUUAUAAUUUUACUAAACUC